AUGGACGCCCCGGAGCAGCAGCCCGAGCCCGACGGCGGGGACGCCCCGGGCCAGGAGCCCGGGGGCAGCCCCCAAGACGAGUUCGACUUCUCCAUCCUCUUCGACUAUGAGUAUUUGAAUCCUAUCGAAGAAGAACCGAAUGCACAUAAGGUCGCCAGCCCACCCUCCGGACUCGCAUAUCCCGAUGAAGUCCUGGACUAUGGCCUCAAGCCAUACAGCCCCCUCCCCAGUCUCCCCGGCGAGCCCCCCGGCCGAUUCGGAGAGCCCGAUAGGGUAGGGCCGCAGAACUUUCUGAGCCCGGCGGCCAAGCCAGCGGGGGCCUCGGGCCUGAGCCCUCGGAUCGAGAUCACUCCAUCUCACGAACUGAUGCAGGCAGGGGGCCCCCUCCGCGGGAGAGACACUGGCCUGCUGGGGGAGCAGCCGGCCCUGGCCGGCGCGGCCGCCAGCCCGCGGUUCACGCUGCCCGUCCCCGGCUUCGAGGGCUACCGCGAGCCGCUUUGCUUGAGCCCGGCUAGUAGCGGGUCCUCUGCCAGCUUCAUUUCCGACACCUUCUCCCCCUGCACCUCGCCCUGCGUCUCGCCCAAUAACGGCGGGCCCGACGACCUGUGUCCCCACUUUCAAAACAUCCCUGCUCAUUAUUCCCCCAGAACCUCGCCAAUAAUGUCACCUCGAACCAGCCUUGCUGAGGACAGCUGCCUGGGCCGCCACUCGCCCGUGCCCCGUCCGGCCUCCCGCUCCUCGUCGCCUGGUGCCAAGCGGAGGCAUUCGUGUGCCGGGGCCUUGGUUGCCCCGCUGCCCGGAGCCUCACCCCAGCGCUCCCGGAGCCCCUCGCCGCAGCCCCAGGACGACGGUGCCCCCGCUGGGUACCCCCCCACGGCUGGCUCUGCCGUCCUCAUGGAUGCCCUGAACAGCCUCGCCGCGGACUCGCCCUGUGGCAUCCCCCCCAAGAUGUGGAAGACGAGCCCGGACCCGUCGCCGGUGUCCGCCGCCCCGCCCAAGGCCGGCCUGCCCCGCCACAUCUACCCGGCCAUGGAGUUCCUGGGGCCCUGCGAGCAGGAGGAGGGGAGGAGCUCAGCCCCCGAGUCCAUCUUGCUGGUGCCGCCCACCUGGCCCAAGCAGCUGGUGCCUGCUAUUCCCAUCUGCAGCAUCCCAGUGACCGCAUCCCUCCCUCCGCUUGAGUGGCCACUGUCCCACCAGUCGGGCUCCUAUGAGCUGCGGAUUGAGGUGCAGCCCAAACCACAUCACCGGGCCCACUAUGAGACCGAAGGCAGCCGAGGGGCUGUCAAAGCUCCAACUGGUGGCCACCCUGUCGUUCAGGUACGGACUUGA